AUGGAGAAGGGCCUGGACGGCUCGCCGCUGUCCCUCCUCUUGCCGCGACCGCUGCUCGUUGCGUGCCCGUCCCGCUGCGUGAAGGUGCGGGCGCUGCGGGUCCGGGAGACGGAGGGCGUGGUGCGCUACGGUGCAGAGCUGCUCAGCCGCCACGCCCGCAAGGUAGAUGCCGACGAGAUGUGGGAGGUGCAUGAGCAGGUGGCGGUGGCGGCGAUGGAGGCCGGGUGCAAGCAGCUGGCGCUGCGCCUGGUGCAGAACGUGCACAAGCGGUUCCCGGAGGGUGCCCGCGCCAGCCGGCUGACGGGCAUGUACUUUGAGAUGAUGGGCACCCCGGGGGAGGCUGAGGAGCUGUACAAGAAGGAGCUGGAGAAGGAUCCAGCCAACGCCAUCAUCCUCAAGCGCAUGGUGGGCCUGCGGCGGGGGCAGGGCGACCUGGCGGGUGCCGCGGAGCUUCUGAAGCAGUACCUGGCGGUACACACCACCGACUGGGUGGCCUGGGAGGAGGCAGCUGACCUCUACCUUCACCUCCAGAUGUACCAGCAGGCUGCCUUCUGCCUGGAGGAGCUGCUGCUGCACCAGCCCACCGACGUGGGGCGCCACCUGCUGCUGGCCGACGCCCUGUACACCAUGGGUGGCGCGCACAACUGGCGCGCCGCCCGCACCCAGUACUCAGGUGUGAUCGAGAUGACCAAGGGCCAGAACCUGCGGGCACUGUACGGCGUGUGUGCAUGCGCGGCGCAGCUGUCGGGCGUGCGGCGCAGCGAGCGCGGCGGCGGCGCCGACGUGGAGGAGCUGCCUCGGCUGGCGGCGGCGGCGCUGCAGCAGCAGUACGCGGUGCACUGCCCCGACAAGCUGCCGCUGGUGCGCAGCAUGCUCAAGGCGCAGGGCCUGCUCUAG